ACCCUCACUCGCACUCCAGUACUCGGUGGUGAGCCGAGGGUGAGAUUCCUUUCCGGAACGGAGGACAAGCGGGAGGUGCGGAACGGACAUUUGCGUUAUAUCUCUACCGGAUUUUCGUGAACGCGAGUCGAAUUGUAAGCUGACCGGGCAUAUCCUGAGGCAUGAGGUCUUGGUUGCUAUGGUUGUCUCUUUUGUUGGUCGUUUUGGCCGACAUGAGCUUCGCCAUUCCCUACUUCGACGAUGGUGAAGACAUAGGCGAUCUUCAAGGUGGCGAUUCUUCGGAUUAUACAGACAACGCUUUAGAGAAUCUGAUGCGAGCAACCCAAAAGUGAGUGGAUUAUUUUACUUGUCAAUUCCAGUUUCAUUUUCCAACAAUCCUCUUCAACGAGAAGUCUUUCUCAUAGAAUAUAUCUUUUCCUGCUUCCCAUAAUUCCAUU